UUGUCAUGGUAAUUCUUAUAAACAAAUUCAGUUUGUAAAAAAACCAUGUAUUAAGUAUAAAGAUUUUCACAAAAAAGCAUGCGAACAUAAAGUUUCUAAGACACACUUACAAUGCACAGAAAAUGCUGUUAAUUUCAUUAAGGUCUUUUCUAACAAAGCUAUUACUGUUUUUGAUAAAAUUAACACUUCUCAUAAGUUACUGAUUGAUAAUAAUAGGAAAAAAAUUGUGCCUAUUAUUUCAAGUAUACUGUUUUGUGGCACUCAAGAAAUUGCUUUGCGUGGAAAAACAUCAAAUGAUGGAAAUUUUAAUUCUUUAAUUAAUUUUAGAAUUGAAAGUGGUGAUAAAAUUUUACAAAGUCAUUUAGAAUCAAGCCCCAAAAAUUCCAAAUAUAUUUCAGCUAGAGUUCAAAAUGAAAUAAUUGAUAUUACAGGAAAAAUAAUCUUAAGCAGAAUAACAAACUAUUUAGUGAAAUCACAAUCAUUUUUUUCUAUUCUCGCUGAUGAGACUGCUGAUAUUUCUGGUACAGAACAGUUAUCUAUAGGCAUAAGAUACAUCUCAUUUGAAUCAGAAAACCCUGUAGUCAAAGAAGAAUUUUUAGGUUUUGUUGCUUUAACAGAUAUGCAUGCUAAAAUUGUAGUAAAAUCUAUAAUACAUUUUUUGAGAAACUGUGGUCUUAAUUUAAACAAUUUAGUAGGACAAGGAUACGAUGGCUGUAGUGCUAUGUCAGGUAUUCAUAAUGGUGUUCAAGCAAUUAUUAAAAAUGAAUUUCCUAAAGCUGUAUUUGUACAUUGUUCAUCACAUAGACUAAAUUUAGUAAUAAAUGAUUUGAAUAAACUUCAGCAUGUUCAAAACUGUGCUGGAAGUAUCAGGUCAAUUAUUAAAUUUUUUAGGUUAAGUCCUAAAAGAAGAAAAAGAAUAGAAAACAUUCCUUUAUUUUGUGAGACUAGAUGGUCGGAAAAAUAUAAAACUAUAAGAAUUUUUAGCGAACAUUUUAUUGGGAUAGUAGAACAAUUAGAAAUAAUAUCUAUGGAAACAGGCGUUGAUUCACAAACAAAAAGUCAAGCAUUUCAGUUACAUAGUGCAGCAACUAAAUCAAAUUUUUUAGUGUGUUUAUUUAUAAUGGCAACAUUUUCUGCUCAACUAGAACCUAUAACAAAUGCAUUACAAGCAGUACAGUUAGAUUUAUCUCAAGCUCGAAAAUAUAUUAGUGAAAUCAUUGAAGUUUUUAACAACCUGGAUGCGAAUAAUUAUUUUCAUGAGAUUUUUAAAAAAGCUAAAAAUGUUGCAAAUGAGCUUGGAGAAGAAAUUAAAAUUCCUCGUAUUGUUUCUAACCAAAAGCAUCGUUCAAAUCAUCCAAUAAAUACUCCUGAAGAUUAUUUUAGAGUUUCCUUAUACCAACCAUAUUGUAUGUUAUGGUAUAAUGUGUGGAAAAAUAGAAACACAAGUCAAAGUGAAAUGAAAAACAUAAGUUUCAUAAGUCUAUUAGAUGAAGCAAAUUUAUAUCCAGCAAUUCAUAUUGUUCUAACUAUUGCAUUAACUCUACCAGUUACUACUUGUUCAGUAGAAAGAACUUUUAGUACAUUGCGUAGAGUAAAAACUUGGACAAGAAAUACUAUUGGUGAUAAUCGACUUAAUGGUUUAUGCAUGAUGGUUGUCCAUAAAGAGUUUGUCAAAAGUCAUAAAUUAGAAUUGAUUGAAGAAAUUAUAAAUGAAUUUGGUUUACUACCACGCAGAAUGGAACUAUUAUUCAAUGAUUGA